AGCCCUUCGCCUCUCCCCGCCCCCGCCGCGGGUCCUGCUUUCCCGCUAGUGGAUGUCGUCGUCGUGUCUUCCCCCGCUCGAGCCCACGGGGUGUCACUCCUCCGGGAUGACCUCAGCCCCGGACCGAGCCCGGCGCCUCACUCGCUUCGGGCGUCCACCGAGCCUGGCAGCUCGCCGGGGCCGGACUAUGGCCACCGACCGGGACCCCUGAGCCGCUCCCGCCGCCUGCAGCUGUUCGCGGCGCGCCGGAUAAACUUAGCCGAUUCAUCCGCGGCCGCAGGCCAGCCAAGCCAGGUGGCUUUUCGCGCCCUGGCGGCGGCGGCGUUGCCCUCGGCAGGCGGGAUGCGGCCGUGGGCCUGGGAGGCGCUGGUGGUGGCGCUGGCGGCGGCGGCCUGCCUCACGGAGGGCGUGCGCGGCGGCGGCGGCGGCGGCGGCCACGGCCUGAGCAUGUUCGCGGUGCAGACGGCUCCGCAGCCGGACCCCUGCUACGACGAGACCGGGCAGGCGCGCCGCUGCAUCCCGGACUUCGUGAACGCCGCCUUCGGCAAGGAGGUGAAGGUGUCGAGCACGUGCGGGCGGCCCCCCGCGCGCUACUGCGUGCUGGCCGAGAAGGGCGAGGAGCGGAGCCGCGCGUGCCACCUGUGCGACGCGGGGGACCCCAAGCGCGCGCGCCCGGCCGCCUACCUGACCGACCUGAACAACCCGCACAACCUGACGUGCUGGCAGUCGGAGAGCUUCGUGCAGCACCCGCACAACGUGACGCUGGCGCUGGCGCUGGGCAAGAAGUUCGAGGUGACCUACGUGAGCCUGCAGUUCUGCUCGCCGCGCCCGGAGUCCAUGGCCAUCUACAAGUCCAUGGACGGCGGCAAGGCCUGGACGCCCUUCCAGUUCUACUCCACGCAGUGCCGCAAGAUGUACAACCGGCCCAGCCGCGCGCCCAUCACCAAGCAGAACGAGCAGGAGGCCGUCUGCACCGACUCGCACACCGACAUGCGGCCCCUGGCCGGCGGCCUCAUCGCCUUCAGCACGCUGGACGGCCGGCCCUCGGCCCACGACUUCGACAACUCGCCCGUGCUGCAGGACUGGGUCACGGCCACCGACAUCAGGGUGGUCUUCAGCCGCCUGCACACCUUCGGCGACGAGAACGAGGACGACUCCGAGCUGGCCCGCGACUCCUACUACUACGCCGUCUCCGACCUGCAGGUGGGCGGGCGCUGCAAGUGCAACGGCCACGCCGCCCGCUGCGUCCGCGACCGCGACGACAACCUGGUUUGCGACUGCAAGCACCACACCGCCGGCCCCGAGUGCGACCGCUGCAAGCCCUUCCACUACGACCGGCCCUGGCAGAGGGCCACAGCCCGCGAGGCCAACGAGUGCGUCGUUAAACUCAGUCGGGAACUGUCUGUGUUGACCCACUUCUCCGAGGGUCUGCUCUGUGUCUGUUCGCUGGUGCUGGUGCCGGUGCCGCCAGGCUUCCAACCUGAGACCUCCUGGCUGACACCAUGA